GUGAGUGGACAGGUAUCUAGCCACACACACACACACACACACACACACACACACACACACACACACACACACACGGUAAGGGAGAGACCCAGAAAAAGCUAGAAGAUAGAGAAGAAAGGUCAGAAGACAAGAUAGGAUAGACAGACAGAGAGAAAGACUACAGACUACAGGGAAACAGAGACUGGAGGACAGCAGGCUAGCCCAUCUUUGGUUUGGGUGGCUAGCCAUGGAAGCUCAAAGAAGGAACCAGCAGGAGAAACAAAGGAAGGGUCGGGCCUGUGGCGGAGCGCUGCCUGAGCCGCAUGUGACCUCUGGGUCCCUGAUCUCCACAGUAGACACGAGCCCUGAGGCUUUUGGGAGACUCUCUGGUCCGGGGCUGGGGAGACCUAAGCUUUGCCCCCAGAGGGGCCGUCCCCACUCCCGGCGUCGUCACCGCACCACCUUCAACCCAGCACAGCUGGAACAGCUGGAGUCAGCCUUUGGGAAGAACCAGUACCCAGACAUCUGGGCCCGAGAGGGACUUGCCCAAGACACUGGCCUCAGUGAAGCCAGAAUCCAGGUCUGGUUCCAGAACCGCAGAGCUAAGGAACGGAAGCAAGAGCGGGCGCUGCUCCAGCCGCUAGCCCGUCUAUCUCCCGCCUCCUUCUCUGGCUUCUUGCCAGAGUCCCCCGCUUAUCCCUACCCCUACACAGCACCACCUCCCCCAGUGGCCUGCUUCCCUCACCCCUACAACCACACUCUCUCCUCCCCACCCUCCACAGGUGCCCCAUUCACUCUCCCUCCCCAGCCUGAGGACUGGUACCCCACCUUACACCCAACCCCUGGUCAUCUGCCCUGCCCCCCACCCCCACCCAUGUUUCCCCUCAGCCUUGAGACACCAAAACCCUGGAACUAAGUGGUGACAAGGUCACCCUCUAUCCAUAAACUUCACGAAAUGCAAGAAAAUCGGGGCUCUCUUUUCAUCCUAAGAGUGAAGUUGGAAAUGUGGUGAGGGG